GUCAGUCACGAGGUUGCAUAUAAAACGGGCACAACGCACGAACGUCGCAGAUCCUAGUGUUAAAGCUAGUUGUUACAAUUGAACAUCAUUUUUACUGUGUAAAUCACUCCUCACCUCAAACAGCUCCUCAUUGUUUUAUGAUUUACCAUCCCGGAUCCCGCCUGUGUUUCUAUUUGUGCUCGUAGCACCUUAUCGGAAGUACUAUCGCGCUGUAGCGCAAGUCCGGGGAAGCGUGUGUGCAAUCAACAUCGUCCGCCAAAGUGGUCGGACAGCUGUUCUUGGUAUUCGGAAAGCGAUCAUCGGUCAAGGCCAACCGAGAACACACAUCCAUCAGUUAGUGGUUUUUGGCUUCACGGUCGCGAGGAAAUCAAUGAAUGAUAGAUUUGUCUAGCUGAUAACUGCUUGCUACUAACAUACGAGGAACGAACGGCUCCUCGCAAUCAUUCUACGGUUUCGUACCUCUGAUACAUCGGGUUUUCCCCAUCGGGAAGGAAGGAAAUUACAAAAUUAACCCCUAGAACCAAGUUCAGCAGACGUGCAACAUGUUGUCCCACUUGCUGAAGGACGUGAACGUGAUCGUCAGCACCGGUAACGUGUUGAAUGUGAGCGAACUACGCAAAAAAGCUGGCCAAAAACCAACCGAUGAGCUCACCGACUGCCUCCGGUCAACGUUCGGCGAAGCGGAAGUGGUUGAAUUGCAGCCGGCGGAAAGUACUAAAAACGACCAGCACCGCCGUCUGAUCACUCGCCGGAACAACGAUCUGCUCGAGAAGGUGCGCGAACAUCCGCGAGCGGACAUUAAGAUCGGGGCGAAAAUUUUCCUCAACCGGUUCUCGGAACCGGCGCUAACCGAGGCGGUAGAGAAGCUGUUCACCACGCUGAAUGUGUCCUACCUGGACAACCUGAUACUGGCGUACCAUCCAACUGGUGUCGCGGGCACAAAUGGCAAUGGUGAUGUAGCGGGGGACGAAGAGCAGGAGGUCGAAGUGAAGGAGGGCGUCAUCGAGUGGGCCGUCGGUAGCGACAAUGCGGUCGGUAACCUCAAGAAGCUGUGGGCCAUCCUGGAGCGUUACGCAAGCGAUGGGAAGAUUGGCCAGCUGGGCAUUGCCGAUCUGGACGCCGAUUCGUUGAAGGAGUUGUACGACGCCUCGACGGUACAUCCAUCGAUCGCUCAAAUUAAUCUGGCCGCGUGCUGCGUCGUACCGCCCGAACUGCAAGUGUACUGCAAUCAGAACGAGAUUCAACUCCUCACGCACAGUGACCCGCAAGAACUUUUACCCCGAGAUGUUCUGAAUGACCUGGAACUCGGCAGUUACUGUGCUGGCUGGACGUCCCGCUACCAGGUUCACAUUAAGUGUCGCGGUGUGCUAGCGGCCAAAGGAUUCAUCGUGAGCUUCGAGCGCCUGAACUAGAGCGGUGGAUGCAUAGAUGAACAGUACGACGAAAGACGCACGGCUCGACGACGACUGCAGGACAGUUCCGUUAGAGAAACCGAAACAUUCGAGCACAUCCGCACACCCACACAUACACAAAUACACUCACGAAAGCUCAGCGGGCCGGCUGCAGUGGACGUUUGUUCCUACGAUGGGAAAAACGUAGACCAGCAAUGGUGUCCAUUAACGAAAUCCCGUACCGCAACGAAGGACGUUCGAGGCGGAACGAACCACCGGGCGACCGGGUGGUUGGUUAUCUUUCGUGGCACUGUGGUUCGCCCGGAGUGGACUUAUUUAGAUGGAUGUGCUUUCCUAGUUUUUAACCGAUGUUAGCUGUUUUAUACAAACUUAACAAACACAACCAGAUGCACUUAACAACAUUCGAUGUUAACAAUAGCGGUAGGCGAUGACUGUGACCAGACUAGGGAAAGGAAACCGUGGCACAGGUGUGGGAGGUAUGGGAACUAGCAGGGAGCAGAAUCGAAGCCCUCCAGGCACGAACGAACGAAACGUUAUCCUGCCAGAAAUUUCAGAUAGGGCGACGUAAGAGGAGCAGUAGGUAUGAAAAUAGGUACAAUAAAAAGACAUGAACGCUUGUUAGUACAGAAGAUAUAGAUGGUGCGCAAAUGAAAUAGGUUGACAUGGACGCGGAAACGCAUUCCCACUGUACAACGCAUGGGGAUGCAUUUCCGAGGCAGUUUUGUAUCGCUUUUAGAACUACUAUUUCUAUUAUUACUGUUAGGGGAUGAUGCGGGGCAGCUUUAGGCAAAUGAAUGUUUGAAACAUUGUCGCAAAAAUUGUCGUUUCUUUUCUUACCACAUUUGCAGCACUGAAUGAAAUUAUACUAGAAAUUUGCUGGAGAACCAGAAGCAACGAACAAGCUGAGCAAAAAUAAUAUGUUGCUUUAAUUUAACUCACCAGCGACGACAAACCCGAAUGGGGGUAAAGGCAAAGCCGAAAUCAAGUAGAACAAGUAGAAUCGAUGAAUCUUAAAAUGUAAACGUUUUGGUUUACUCUUCAAUCCGGAGAUGGUUGAUCAGGUGAAUUGGGAACUUUCGAUCUGAAAAGGAACCUGAGCAACUCAAAUUUGGUUAAUGAUUUAUUGUUUGGUUUUCGUUAAACAUCCCGCCUAUUCUCAAUACAAUUUACAUGCUACGGGUUCGAUUUUUCAAAUAUCAAUUUUGUUGCGCUAAAAUUAAAAAAAAUAACAAACUCAAGGAAAUUUUCAUAUUUGACUAAAUUACGUUUUGUUUGUUAUUUGUUAGAUUUUAGGCCUAUUUUGCACAUCAAUUUUGUACAGUUCUCGCAGUUGAGAUUUUUUAAAUUUCCAAAAACCCUGUAAGUUAUGUUUUUAGUUACAUUUUUGCGUUUCAAAUGCAAACUUACUUCAUCUCCAAUGUGAAUUUUGUCACUUGCAUUUAUAUUCUGCGCUGCAGGGUGCCCAAAUAAUUCAACCUGCAGUGUAUUUCACCCAUGAAAGUAAAGCUGCCUCUUAAUGCAUUGCAAUCAAUUAAAACUACUUGAUGAUGGUCUCUAAAAUCUACCUCUUAUUGGUACGUUUGCAUUUCAAAGCAAAUAUUGUUUUGAAAUAAAAAUUCAAUGUACAAUGAUCGAUAACUUCUAGAAAAGGUAAACCUUUUUUCAACGUAAGACAGGGGGUUCUUUGACCGGAGUACAUUUACUACAACUCUCAACAAACAGCAGGUGCACUUGGUUAACAAGCACACGUACAAUAAAGUAGCGAUACUCGCACUACAAAAUAAACACUU